GGAAGGCGAAAAGCCUGCCAAUAAAGGAGGCUUCCCGACCCCAGGGAUGUCGCGACUCAAGGACGACGCAUCUCACGACGUGACCCUGAAAUACGCGGGCCUUUCGCCACCCGAGACUCCUCCAGCCCAGGAGGGCCCCGCUCUUUCCCCUGCCUCCUCGCGGAGAGCCUCUGGACGACGCCCGCGACGGCGUUUUCUGCAAAAAAGGCCGAGAAGAGAAGCGUAGCAGGGGCCGCAGGGGCGAGGGGCGCCAGGCGCACCCAUGUCGGCCACGCGGACAGGCUCUCCCGGUUCGGGCCCCACGGCGCGCGCUCCCGGCCGCCCAAGUCGCAAGGCCCCGCCCUCGCCCCGCCCCGCCAGGGGCACGCCCCUUCCGUCGCCCCCUUGGGGGCGUUAACCAUCCCUCCCCGCCCCGGAAACACGUUGUUACCUCGUUCCUCGCGAGAGUUCCGUGCGCCGGCGCCCAGAUCGCGCGAGACCGCGGAGGGAGCAGGAGUGGGUGGCGCGCGCGCGGCGGCCGCGACGGACGCAAGAUGGCGACGGCGACCAUAGCUCUCCAGGUCAAUGGCCAGCAAGGAGGGGGGUCCGAGCCGGCGGCGGCAGCGGCGGCGGCGGCGGCAGUGGUGGCAGCGGGAGACAAAUGGAAACCUCCACAGGGCACAGACUCCAUCAAGAUGGAGAACGGGCAGAGCACGGCCGCCAAGUUAGGGCUGCCUCCCCUGACGCCCGAGCAGCAGGAGGCCCUUCAGAAGGCCAAGAAGUACGCCAUGGAGCAGAGCAUCAAGAGUGUGCUGGUGAAGCAGACCAUCGCGCACCAGCAGCAGCAGCUCACCAACCUGCAGAUGGCAGCAGUGACAAUGGGCUUUGGAGAUCCUCUCUCACCUUUGCAAUCGAUGGCGGCUCAGCGGCAGCGGGCGCUGGCCAUAAUGUGCCGUGUCUACGUGGGCUCCAUCUACUAUGAGCUGGGAGAGGACACCAUCCGCCAGGCCUUUGCCCCCUUUGGCCCCAUCAAGAGCAUCGACAUGUCCUGGGACUCCGUCACCAUGAAGCACAAGGGCUUUGCCUUCGUGGAGUAUGAGGUCCCAGAAGCUGCACAGUUGGCCUUGGAGCAGAUGAACUCGGUGAUGCUGGGGGGCAGGAACAUCAAGGUGGGCAGACCCAGCAACAUAGGGCAGGCCCAGCCCAUCAUAGAUCAGCUGGCUGAGGAGGCACGGGCCUUCAACCGUAUCUACGUGGCCUCUGUGCACCAGGACCUCUCAGACGAUGACAUCAAGAGUGUGUUUGAAGCCUUUGGCAAGAUCAAGUCUUGCACGCUGGCCCGGGACCCUACAACUGGCAAGCACAAGGGCUAUGGAUUCAUUGAGUAUGAGAAGGCUCAGUCGUCCCAAGACGCCGUGUCCUCCAUGAACCUCUUUGACUUGGGUGGCCAGUACUUGCGGGUGGGCAAGGCUGUCACACCGCCCAUGCCCUUGCUCACACCGGCCACGCCUGGAGGCCUCCCACCUGCGGCUGCUGUGGCAGCUGCUGCAGCCACUGCCAAGAUCACAGCUCAGGAAGCAGUGGCUGGAGCAGCAGUACUGGGUACCCUGGGCACACCUGGACUGGUGUCCCCAGCACUGACCCUGGCUCAGCCCUUGGGGGCUUUGCCCCAGGCUGUCAUGGCUGCCCAGGCACCUGGAGUCAUCACAGGUGUGACUCCAGCCCGUCCUCCUAUUCCGGUCACCAUCCCCUCCGUCGGCGUGGUGAACCCCAUCCUGGCCAGUCCUCCAACGCUGGGUCUCCUGGAGCCCAAGAAGGAAAAGGAAGAGGAGGAGCUGUUUCCCGAUUCAGAACGGCCAGAGAUGCUGAGCGAGCAGGAGCACAUGAGCAUCUCAGGCAGCAGCGCCCGCCACAUGGUGAUGCAGAAGCUGCUCCGCAAGCAGGAGUCCACAGUGAUGGUUCUGCGCAACAUGGUGGACCCCAAGGACAUCGAUGACGACCUGGAAGGGGAGGUGACAGAGGAGUGUGGCAAGUUCGGGGCUGUGAACCGUGUUAUCAUCUACCAGGAGAAGCAAGGCGAGGAGGAGGAUGCAGAAAUCAUUGUCAAGAUCUUUGUAGAGUUUUCCAUAGCCUCUGAGACUCAUAAGGCCAUCCAGGCCCUCAAUGGGCGCUGGUUUGCUGGCCGCAAGGUGGUGGCUGAAGUGUACGACCAGGAGCGUUUUGAUAACAGUGACCUCUCUGCGUGACAUUGGCCCCUUUCCCUGGACUUGUACUUGCUCCGUGUUUCCUCUGGGUUUUAUAGUGAUAACAGUGGUGUCCCUGGGGCCAGGCACCCUCUGCCCAGCCCAGCGUAUAGUGCGGAUAAAGGUGCGGAUGCUGCUGGCCUUGAACGUC